AUGCAGGUCCCCCUGCGCCUCGCGGAUCCAAUGAUGCACUUCGGGCUCGUGAUUCGGUUGUCGUCCUCGAAGUCUUGGCGGCAGCAGCCAGUGCUGUCCGGCUUGGAGAGGGUCUUGCGAGAGAGAUUCGUCCAGCCACGAGGUGGAUCUGAGUGGCAUGUUGCAGACGAGCUGUCCAGAAACACCACGACGGAUUCCGUCGUCCUUCCGCGCCCACCUGGGCUCGAGCACCUGGGGCCCCGACCUGGCCGCCCGCCUCCUGCCAGGCAGAUCGCUGCGCGGACUGGCGAUGGCCAAGCGUGGGCUGGCACCGCCUGCGGGGCCGCCUCGCCGGUCCACGCGGUAGUGCGUGCUGGCGGCCGCGCUGCUGCUGCCGACGCGGUCUGGGCCGACGGCUGCUGCAGUGCUGGGCAGGGGGGGGGCAGGGUGCUCGCCGCGUCCGGUGUCCGCGCCUCGCUGAACUCGAGGCCGCGCUCCACGCAGGCGAAGCCGUCCGUGGACCUCUGCGAGCUCGCGGAGGCCGAGGGCUCGGAGCCACGCGGGAGCGGGGGCUCCAGCGACGCCAGGACGAGCGACCGCCAGCGCCCUGGGCGGUCUCGGGCGAGGAAGAUGGAGAAGCGCGCCAAACUCGACCCUCGUCGAGGAGUCAAGCGCCAGGGGCCGCUCAUCGUGACGGAGGGGCGCGAGGCGCCGACGAAGGUGAGCGCCUUCGACGACAGCCUGCUGUGUGGCGCCCCGUACCUCUAUUUCGUUCCCCAGCGAGGUGUUCCAGGUGCCCCGUCUUCGUCCUCAUGGCCAGCCGCUCUGGAGGCUCGACGUACCCGCGCGUGCUGA